UUCGAGAUGACCGUUACCACGAAACUUAUUGAUUAUUCUGAUGAGGAAGGUAAUAACUUUGAAGGAGUUCUUUAUAUUCCAAAGAAUGUAAAACAGUCAAAAGUUCCCGCCGUACUGAUUUUCCCAGCUUUCCGAGGAAUUACGCAUUUCGAAAAGGACAAAGGCCAACAAAUUGCCGAGCUUGGAUUCGUUGCUUUUGUUGCUGAUGUCUAUGGAAAAGGUGUGAGACCAACUGAACGAGCAGAUGCAUUUGCAACAAUGGGACCGCUUGUUUCCAAUCGCGUUGAGAAACUGAAACCAAGACUUUUUGCCGCUGUCAAUACUUUGAAGACUUUCUCUGAAGUGGACACCUCAAAAAUUGCAGCAAUCGGAUAUUGUUUCGGUGGGCUUUGUGUUCUCGAUUUGGCAAGAUACAAUGCUGGACUCAAAGGAGUUGUAUCCUAUCAUGGAACUUUGAAACCAAUUCCUGAUAUUGCUCUAGAUCCAAUUGUUGGAACAACUGUGUAUGUUCAUCACGGAGACGCAGACUUCCAUAUUGCAAAAGAUCAAGUUGAUGGAUUUCAUGAAGAAAUGAGAACUCGUCAAGCUGAUUUUGUCUUUGUAUCGCAUGCAAAUGCAGUUCAUGCUUUCACUGAGCCAGAAGCUGACAGUUUCAAUGCACCAGGAAUUGGUUACAAUGAGAAGGCUGCAAAAAGAUCAUGGAAUGCAACUCUCGACUUGUUCAAAGAAAUCUUCUAAUGUUGUACUGUACACUACGAUCACAAAAUUUUGUGACUUUUCUAUCUCUCCGUCGUAACAAACCUGUUUGAAAUAAAUAUGAUAAGUAAAUGU